AAGGAGGCACAGAUCGCGAGGAGCAGCGAGCCCCAAAUCGGCGAAGGUAAAGGCGGUGGUGAAGAUGAUGGAGGCAAAAGUGAAGGCGAGGGUGAUGGCAGUGAAGGUGAUGGUGGCAGCUUUACAAAUCUGGGAAGCCGUCGAUAUCGAAACUCUAGAUCCGCUUCGGCUAUCACAUCUCCACCGAGAUCACGAGGACAAACGUGUUGACAACCCACUCGUUCAGCUCUAUUUCAUUUUCUGGAUGUCACGAUCAAGUAAUCAAAGGGGGGGCAAAUCCUCAACAAAGCCUUCUCUCAAAUCUCUCUCUCAAAAAGCUCUCUCUUUCACAGACAAAGACAGGGCAUCAAUGGCGACGGCACGUGAGGAGAACGUGUACAUGGCAAAGCUUGCGGAGCAGGCUGAGCGGUACGAGGAGAUGGUGGAGUUCAUGGAGAAGGUGGUGGCCGCCGCCGACGGCGCCGAGGAAUUGACCGUCGAGGAGCGCAACCUUCUGUCCGUUGCCUACAAGAAUGUGAUCGGCGCUCGCCGUGCGUCGUGGAGGAUCAUCUCCUCUAUCGAGCAGAAGGAGGAGAGCCGCGGAAACGAGGACCACGUGGCGUCGAUCAAGGACUACAGAUCUAAGAUCGAGUCGGAGCUUACCUCGAUCUGCAACGGCAUCCUCAAGCUCCUCGAUUCCAAGCUCAUCGGCGCCGCUUCUUCCGGCGAUUCAAAGGUCUUCUAUUUGAAGAUGAAGGGCGACUAUCACCGCUACCUGGCUGAGUUCAAAACCGGAUCCGAGAGAAAAGAGGCCGCCGAGAACACUCUCUCCGCUUACAAAUCUGCUCAGGAAAUUGCCAAUGCAGAACUAGCUCCUACUCAUCCUAUUCGUCUAGGCCUGGCUCUCAACUUCUCUGUAUUUUACUAUGAGAUCUUGAACUCUCCAGAUCGUGCUUGUAGUCUUGCCAAACAGGCCUUCGAUGAGGCGAUUGCAGAGCUCGACACUUUGGGAGAGGAGUCCUAUAAAGAUAGCACUCUCAUCAUGCAGCUUCUUCGGGAUAAUCUCACUCUCUGGACAUCAGACAUGCAGGAUGAUGGAGGAGAUGAGAUCAAAGAAGCAUCCAAACCCGACAAUGAGCAAUAACUUUCUCGAUGAAGUGCUUAACUUUGAAGUAUUCCUUGUUAUGGCUUGCUAUCAGGUUGAAUCCUGCUUUCUAGUGCUAGUUUUUUAUUUCCAUGGUUUGCAACAUUUGAGUGAACUGCUACUUUAUAUUUAAUGGUGUUUCUGAACUUUGAUUCCUAGUUUAUUUUCUUAUCCCAACUUGAAUUUGUCCUAGGGAUGUUUUCCUUCUCCUCAAAGGAAUGAGGCAUUAAGAAAUCAUUACCAUAUCUCUUGCUCAGUAUCUUGUUUUAGUUUUUUGGAAAUUGCCUCUUGAAUUAAUUGGGUCACAUUGU